UCUUUACAAAUGUAUGAGCUACAGGAACCAGAACCGGGCGCGAGGAACACGUUAGAAGAAGCAGCUUAACCUUGGGGCAAAAAAAAAAAAAAAAAAAAAAAAACAGAAAAAAAAACUUGAAGCAGCAUCCUCAACUUUGACUACUUGAAUGAUUUUCACGGUUUUCCUCACUUUUAACACCAAAAACAAUGAGUGUCAGGACGAUGCAGCGGUCUUAAGGAGCUCAGCACUCUGGAGAACCCUUCCAUGGAUCUAGCACACUGCCUCUGCUCGCACGAGGGAGUUUUAAUGCAGGGUUCUCCAAGUUCUCCUCCAGCCUAAUCCUGCUUACACCCAUCCAUCCAGAGGGACGACCAGCCCACCCAGCUGCUCCAAGAUGCGAUGUGAAAGAGUGAUCACCUACCUGAGGAUUAUUGGGACUACACUGUUUGGUGUCUCGCUGCUUGUGGGGAUCUCCACAGCCUACAUCAUGGGCUACCAGUUCUUCACCACUACGGGCAAUUACAUGUCCUUCGGCCUCUAUGGGGCCAUCCUGGUCAUUCACCUCAUCAUCCAGAGCCUGUUCGCUCUGCUGGAGCACAGAAACAUGAGGCGGUCCCUGGAGACCCCCAUCAAGCUUAACAAGUCGCUGGCCCUGUGCAUCGCCGCCUACCAGGAGGACCCCAACUACUUGAGGAAGUGCCUGAUAUCGGUCAAGAGGCUGACCUACCCGGGCAUAAAGGUGAUCAUGGUGAUCGACGGGAACGCCGAAGACGACGGCUACAUGAUGGACAUCUUCCGGGAAGUGAUGGGGCGGGACAAGGUGGCCACCUACGUGUGGAAGAGCAACUACCACCAGCGGGGGCCGGAGGAGACCGAGGAGACGUACGGCGAGAGCCUGCAGCAGGUCUCCCGCCUCGUACUCAACCACAAGUGCGUGUGCAUCAUGCAGAAGUGGGGCGGCAAGAGGGAGGUCAUGUACACGGCCUUUAAGGCGCUGGGCAGGAGCGUGGACUAUGUGCAGGUGUGUGACUCGGACACCAUGCUGGAUCCCGCAUCUUCAGUGGAGAUGGUGAAGGUUCUGGAGGAAGACCCCAUGGUUGGGGGGGUUGGUGGAGAUGUGCAGAUCCUGAACAAAUACGAGUCGUGGAUCUCGUUCCUGAGCAGCGUGCGGUACUGGAUGGCCUUCAACAUUGAGCGGGCAUGCCAGUCUUACUUUGGCUGCGUUCAGUGCAUCAGCGGCCCCCUGGGGAUGUACAGGAACUCCCUCCUGCACGAGUUCCUGGAGGACUGGUACAACCAGACCUUCAUGGGCAGCCACUGCAGCUUUGGCGACGACCGGCACCUCACCAACCGCGUGCUGAGCCUGGGUUACGCCACCAAGUACACGGCUCGCUCCAAGUGCCUGACGGAGACGCCCAUCACGUACCUGCGCUGGCUCAACCAGCAGACCCGCUGGAGCAAGUCCUACUUCCGCGAAUGGCUCUACAACUCCAUGUGGUUCCACAAGCACCACCUGUGGAUGACGUACGAGGCGGUGAUCACCGGCUUCUUCCCGUUCUUCCUCAUCGCCACGGCCAUCCAGCUGUUCUACCAGGGCAGGAUCUGGAACAUUCUGCUCUUCCUGCUCAUCGUCCAGGCCGUGGCGCUCAUCAAGUCUUCCUUCGCCAGCUGCUUGCGUGGGAACAUCGUCAUGGUCUUCAUGUCCUUCUACUCAGUGUUGUACAUGUCCAGCCUUCUUCCUGCCAAGAUGUUCGCCAUCGCCACCAUCAACAAGUCCGGCUGGGGAACCUCCGGCAGGAAGACCAUCGUGGUGAACUUCAUCGGGCUCAUUCCCAUCUCGGUCUGGUUCACCAUCCUCUUCGUCGGCAUCAUGUACACCGUCAUCCAGAACACGCGGAAGCCCUUCCCCGAGUCCGAGAAGAUAGUGCUGAUCAUAGGCGCCAUUGUGUACACCAGCUAUUGGGUCAUGCUCUUGACUUUGUACAUGGUACUCAUAGCCAAGUGCGGCAAGAGGAAGAAAGAGCAGCAGUACGACAUGGUGCUCGACGUCUAAUGCCCCCCCCCCCCACCACCACCCCCGACAUCCCCCCCCUCUUCAACGUUUACAUUGUGAACAAUCUCACUUUGGUUCCUGUAUGGGAUCUCCGCAGGUGACGGGACGUCACAGGAGAGACGUAUUGUUGCUGCUGUGACACUAAGGACAUUCAGUUGAAGUGUUUACUUUAAACACUAGAGUUAGCAAGGUGUUGGCUCUGAUAAAGCGAUGGUUGGGCAAAAAAAAAAAAAAACAUUCACACAGUUUUCACCACCUUUUCUAAAAGUAUGCUAAGUGCUAAAUGCUUCCAUUGCUUAUUAGCUACAUUAUAUUAGCAUCUCAUAGUGUACAAUUAUUCGUAAGCUGACAGCAUAUAAACUAAAACUUAAUAAUCUAUUUGUAAUGAUUAGACAUGCAGUUAGCACCCUGUUGCUUAACGGUUGCUAACCGUUGCUUGUUAGCUAUAUUAGAUUUUUGACUUCUUGUAGCUUGGAGCAUGAAUCUUGUGUUUUCUUAUUUUUAGAAAGCAUUUUAUUAUUAAAAAAAUAUAUGUUUUUUUCUUAGAAAUAGAAAUAUUGUGGACUGUGGACAUGUGGACAACAUGAUUUCGGGCAUAGAGUUAGCACCAUGCUAAUUAGCUACAUUAGCCAAAU